CCGGGAGCCUUCCGAUUCACUGAACGUCAAAGCAAGUCCUCGUUCAGUACUCCUGCCAUGGCGGACGUGGCCAUGGAAGAAGUGGCCACGGAGCCGGAGGCUGUGGCCAACAGCAGCACCUGUGGAUUGAACGUCGAGCAAGACGCACAGAUCUCGAAGCCCUCGGUGGAUUCUGACCAGGUGGAGAACACUCCGGAGGUCGAAGUGGAGGCCGAGGAUGCACUCCAGCUGCCGGCACCCACCACCACGCCCUUGAGACGGUCACGCAGGCCUUCGAAAAAGAUGGCCUUUGUAUUGAUCAGCGUGGUCUUGGCAGCCAUUGCUCUGGAGCUGUUCAUCAUGACUAUGCCUUCUGUGCCGUGGCUCUUGGACAAGAUCUAUUUCGCCAUCGCUUUGGUCUUCCAGCUGCUCAUGGUGAUCGCUUCCUGUCCACUGCCGCAACGCUUCAGCGGCGAAGGCAGCUGGGCCGUGCGCUUCCGCAGCAAGUUGCUGGACGUGGCGCACUGGGCCUUCGUGGUCAUGUCUUUUGGUGGUGCCAUUCUGCUGCGGGCUCCGGAAUCCUUAGCCUUCACAGCAGGCAUCGCCGCAGUGUCCCUUGGCUUCCGACUGUCGAUGAGGAAUCGUUGCAUUAUCACCUCAGUGGCGCGCACCAGCUCGUUGCCUCGGAUCUCCGGGCGCAGCGUGACGAACUUCUUCCUGGCGCUGCUCGUGGUCUCGGUGCUUCGGCUUCUCUUACAGCUGGCUUUUGGGCGCGGCUGGCCCUGGGAUCAACUCAUCAAGCUGAUUUCUCACAAGCAAUGAGGCUGAGGAGUAGACACGGAGUUCUCUCCAAUAUGGGAGACGUGGACAGCGACCUGCGCAAGGUCAUUGAACGUUUCAC